AUGGCAUCCUACAACAGCUACGAACGAGCCGAGUUUUUUGAGCCCAUAUAUCACAAUCCGAUUUCGGUCACGCCGUACGACUUCUAUCCACCGCCGGCAGCAGUCCAAGCACCGCUUACUGAACCAAUACUAAGCGGAGAACCAGUCAUUCCGUACGGAUGGCGCCCGGACUGGUCUCGUCCUACCGAAUGGGAACCGCCGCCACAGCUUCUUCACACACUUCCACCAGAACAUCGAGCUUAUGGAUAUAUGGACAUGGCGAACCAUAUCGAGAUGAAACCUCUAAUUCUAAAACCGAUAGCACGGGAAAUGCCGGCGAACAAGCCGUUCAGAUGUCAGCUAUGCGGUAAAUCGUUCUCACAAGCAGCGAAUUUGACUGCACACAAACGGGUACAUACUGGUGAAAGGCCGUUUACGUGUCCCCUGUGCAGUCGACGAUUUUCACAAAGCUCAUCGCUCGUCACCCAUAGAAGGACGCACACCAACGAACGGCCAUAUCAGUGUAGCCACUGCGACAAGAAGUUCACGGACAGCUCCACAUUGACGAAACAUCUCCGGACGCAUACAGGUCAGAAACCGUACGGAUGCGAUAUAUGCUUCAUGCGUUUCACACAAUCCGGUAACCUUCAUCGGCACAUGAAGACACACAAAAAUCUUUGA